AUGGGGGUCGUCGUCGUCGAGAUCGCUGCGGACACGACGCUGCGCGUGACGCUGCCGGCGAGCUGGGAUCCCGCGGCGGCGUCGACGCGCGCCAAGGUGCUCAAGGCCGCGGUCAAGGCGGCGAACAAGAAGCGACCGGCGCAGGCGGCGCUCGCGCUCGAGGCCUGCCGGCUUGUGCGAGGCGACGGCGCGGCCAUCGCGGGCGCGCUGCCGAGCUUCGCGCGCCUCGACGCGACGCCGCGUACAGCGACGCCGCGUACAGCGACGCCGCGUACGACGACGCGGCCGCCGCCGCUCCCCGACGACCCGGAGCGCGACGACGAGGCGUCGCUGCUCGCGCGCUGCGCCGCGCCCGGCGGCGGGCCGUUCUGGCGGCGGCUCCGCGUCUUCAUCCGGCGCCACGGCGGCGACUCGCGGCGCGCCGGCGCGCUCGUCGCGCGGCUCGCCGCGGGCGAGACGGUCGACCGCGACGUCCUCGACGGCUCCGGCGCGCGGCUCGGCCGGCAGCGGUCGACCGCGUGGCUGCCCCGCAUGAGGAACACGCCGACGCGUGACGUGACCACCGCCGACUUCGCCUGGCUGCGCGCCCUCGCCGCCGGCUGGCGCGUCAUGGCCCGGGAGGUCGCGGCGGCGCCGCGGGACGCGUGGACCGGCGCCGGCGUCGCGGAGCACGGCGCGAGCUACGCGCCGGAGUGGCGCAUCCUCGGCCUCUUCCUCGACGACGAGCCAUCGACGCACGCGUCGCGCUUCCCGGGCACGCUGGACUUGCUGAAAGCGAGCGGCGCGUUCGCGCACGCGCAGGAGGUCUUCUUCGCGCGCCAGCCCCCGCGCACGGGCUGCGCGCCGCACAGCGACAACCGCAACUUCCUCCUCGGCGCCCACGUGGGCCUCGUCGCCGAGGGCGGCGCCUGGAUCCGCGCCGGCACCGCGCCGAAGCACCACUGGCGGCCCGGCGAGGCCUUCUGCUUCGACGGGAGCUUCGUCCACGAGACGUGGAACCCGUGCGAAAGCGACCGCGUCGUCCUCAUCGUGCGCUUCUGGGCGCCGGAGCUCGACCUGCUGGAUCGCCGCGCGCUCCGGGACGUGCUCUGGGCCGUCCAGGCCUACCAGAGCGUCAAGGCGGCCGACGGCGACGCCGCCGCGGACGCGUGGGCGAAGAAGAUGCUCCGCGAGCCGGGGACAUAA